AUGAACCCCGUCAGUGUUGGGGAGUACCAUGGGUUGCGGGUGGGCUCGGCCCUGCUCAGCAUUGUGGCAGGCUGCAUCAUCAUCGGGGUGUCCAGGGAGUGUGACGCCGAUGCUGUAGGAGGGAUCUUCCUGGGAGCGGGGGGCCUCGGUCUGCUCAUAUCGAUCUACCCUUUCAUAAAAGCCUGGCUGAACAUCAACCAUAUCCUCCCGUCCUUUGGCAACUUCAGAGUGCACCCGACACCGGCCAACCCCGCUCCUGAUCCUCCUUUAGAGGCUUUAAGAAGAGAAGGCACUCAGAGUCAACUAAACCUGGAACGCUCCAAAAGUCGCAUGGGGACGUUUGUAGAGGGAGGACCAAUGACUGAGACUAACGCAGAAGAAGGGACUUCUUCGGACAUGCCGGACGUCUUAUCAAGACGCAAACUAAAGCAGUCACCUUCUGAUCAGGACCUGCCAUGAUGUCAUUUCAUCACCUGACUGACCAUUAAUAUUCUGCUAAUCAUCAGCAUGA